GCGGCCGUGGCUUCCCCUCACUCUGGGGCCGGAACGCGAGCGCGGCGGGGCCGGUUGCCGGCCGGACGCGGAGAGCGCGGGACCCACCGGUCCGCUCAGUGGCGCGAGAUGGCGCGGGGAGGCGGCAAGGCCGCCAUAGUGCUGUGUAUGGAUGUAGGCUUUGCAAUGAGCAAUUCUGCUCCUGGAGAAGAGUCUCCGUUUGAACAAGCCAAGAAGAUGAUGACGAUGUUCGUGCAGCGACAGGUGUUUGCUGAGAGCAAAGAUGAAGUCUCUGUAGUUUUGUUUGGCACAGAUGGCACGGCGAAUACCCUUGCCAGUGGUGAUCAGUAUCAGAACAUUACUGUACAAAGACACCUGAUGCUACCGGAUUUUGAUUUGCUGGAGGACAUACAAAACGCAGUUCAACCAGGCUCUGAACAAGCAGACUUCCUGGAUGCACUUGUCGUGUGCAUGGACUUGCUUCAAAAGGAAACGAUAGGAAAGAAAUACGAGAAACGACACAUUGAGGUGUUUACAGACCUUAGCAGUCCCUUCAGUGAGGAUCAGCUGGAAAUUAUCAUCGCUAACUUGAAGAAAACUGGAAUCUCACUGCAAUUUUUCUUGCCAUUUCCAGUGGAUGAUGGAGAGGGAAGUGGGGAUACAGGUGAUGGUCGACAUUCUGAUAUGUACAGAAACUCUUUUCCAAGGAAGGGCUUAACCGAGCAGCAGAAAGAAGGCAUCUGUAUGGUGAGAAAAUUGAUGUUUGCUUUAGAGGAAGAAGGAGGCCUGGAUGAAAUUUACACUUUCAGAGAGAGCCUGGAGCGUCUUUCAAUGUUUAAGAAAAUCGAAAGAAGACCUAUGGCUUGGCCCUGCCAGCUAACUAUAGGUUCUAAUCUGUCUAUAAGGAUUGUGGCAUACAAAUCACUCGCUGAAGAGAAGCUGAAAAAGUCCUGGACUGUUGUAGAUGCCAAGACCUUAAAAAAAGAAGAUGUGCAAAAAGAGACUGUCUACUGUUUGAACGAUGAUGAUGAAACAGAAGUUCCGAAAGAUGAUCUUGUUCAAGGGUUCCGCUAUGGGAGCGAUAUAGUUCCUUUCUCUAAAGUAGAUGAGGAGCAAAUGAAAUACAAAACCGAAGCAAAGUGCUUUUCAGUAUUAGGAUUCAGCAGAUCAUCUCAGAUCCAGAGGCAUCACUACAUGGGCAACCAGGUUCUGAAGGUCUUUGCAGCGAAAGAUGAUGAGGCCGCAGCAGUUGCUCUUUCUGCUCUGAUUCAUGCUUUGGAUGAGUUGGAUGUCGUGGCCAUAGUACGUUAUGCUUAUGACAGAAGAUCUAAUCCUCAGGUUGGCGUAGCCUUUCCAUGUAUCAAGGAUGCCUAUGAGUGUCUGAUAUAUGUGCAGUUACCCUUCAUGGAAGACUUACGACAAUACAUGUUUUCCUCUUUGAAAAACAAUAAAAAGUACACUCCUACAGAGGAUCAGUUAUCUGCAGUUGACUCUCUGAUUGAUUCUAUGAGUUUGGUUUAUGAAGAUGAUGAUGGGGAGACAACCGAAGACAUAUUUAAAACCAGCAAAAUACCAAACCCUCAGUUUCAGAGGUUAUAUCAGUGCCUGCAGCAUAAAGCUUUUCAUCCUGACAAGCCACUGCCACCCACUGAACAACAUCUGUUAGAAAUGUUGGAGAUACCUCAAGAGGUGAGAGAAAGAUGCCAGGCUCCUCUUGAAAAAAUAAAGGCACUUUUCCCCCUGAAAGAUGCCGGCAAGAAGAAAGAACAGAAGACUGCUCAAGAUGUCUUCAAAGACAACAAUGAAGAUGGACCCAGUACUAAAAAGGCAAACGCUGAAAAUGAAGAAGGCAGCUUUAGCAUCGCAAACCUUGCUGAAGGCAAUGUCACCACUGUUGGAAGUAUUAACCCAGCAGAAAACUUCUGUGUUCUAGUGAGGCAGAAGAAUGCUAACUUCAAGGAAGUGAGCCAGCAGCUGGUAAACCGCAUUGAACAGUUCUUGGAAACUAAAGGUUUACAGUACUAUAUGAAGAGCAUCAACUGUAUUAGAGUUUUCAGAGAGGAGGCCAUUAAGCUGUCAGAGGUGCUGUGCUUUAAUGAUUUCCUGCGGGCUCUAAAAGAAAAGGUGGAAGACCAAACCUUAGCUGAUUUCUGGGAGAUUCUGAUACAAGUUCUUGGCCCCCAAAGAAAAACCAGCUGAAGCUCCGUCAGUGGCUGGGGAAGGUGGUGAUGUGGAUGAUUUACUGGACAUGAUGUAAGUGGCUGGACAAUAUAUGAGGACUUCUGAAGAACUCUGUGGCAGGGAGCAUAAAAUAGCCAUUGAAGAGAAGAUAGAUCAUCCAUUCUUCUAUUGGUAGAAGUUUCUUGAGAGAGAACUGCGGUUUCAAAGGCACUUCUAUUUGGUAUAAACCUCAUUGCUGAAUCAACUUCAGUUAGUACAAGACUAAAUGUAGAUUAUUUCAAUCUUCUGUACACUUUCUGUAGUAAAUCUUUUUUCUAAAAAGAA